UAUCAAUAUGGUUGGCCAAAUCCUAACAUGGGCCGAUGUCCAAAACCUUCGAUUCAUCUUGUUCUUUCCCAUCAAUCAAAAUUACACUUUCUAAAAACCCCCAAUUCAAUUGAAACUUUAAAACCCUUCUUUGUGGGCAGAAACUAGAGAGAAAAAAUGGCGACAAAAAAUUUGUGCAGCUUAAUUGCGAGAAGAAUGAUGUCGGCCUACCAAUUUCCCAAACCCAACAUUUCUUCAUCAUCAUCAAUGACUUCAUCAUCUUCAGAGGCGAUAGUGUGUGGUAGGGGAGACAAGAGGACAAAGAGAGGAAAACGAUUCAAAGGUUCAUAUGGAAAUUCGAGACCCAAAAAGAAGGAAAUGAUUCAGAGAUUUAAAGAAAAGGUUGAAGUUCCUAGUUCUACUCCUUGGCCUCUUCCUUUCAAGCUCAUUUAAAGUUCUUAUCUUUGUAUUUCCUUGUUUCGGCUGGAUUGUUUCUAGUUAUGGAAUUUUUAAAAACUCUAUUGAAUGUCAUGUGACUUUUUUGAUUAAUGAUGUGUACUUCUAUCUUUGCCUGAUGGUAUAAUGGUAUGACUUUUACAUUUUGGAUGA